AUGGCGCAUUCAUUCUUCAAAUUGAAUACUGGAGCUCUAAUCCCUGCGUUGGGCCUGGGUACGUGGCAAUCUGCCCCUGGCGAGGUCAAGACUGCCGUAUCCUACGCACUUCGCUCAGGCUACAAGCUUGUUGACUGUGCUUUCUGCUAUGGCAAUGAGGGCGAGGUUGGAGAGGGCAUCAAGGAGGCACUGGAAUCUGGAGCCGUGAAGAGAGAAGACUUUUUUGUGACGAGCAAGAUGUGGUGCACAUUCUCGUCCCGGGUGGAGUUGAACCUCGACAUGAGCUUGAAGGCGUUAGGCCUUGAUUAUGUUGAUCUCUAUCUGAUUCAUUGGCCAGUGGCUAUGAAUCCUAACGGUAUGAACAUAGCCUCCAGCCUAUAA